CAACAAGAACAGAUAAAGGGAACCACACACGGUCCUCAACAAGAUAAUCACAAUAAAGAACCAAAUACCAUAGGUACAACAAGUACUGAAUCCCACGUUACUACUGACUCAAAACCACAUCCUACUACAGAUGCAUCACCUGGUGAAAUAACUCAAUCUGGUUUAUCUACUGAUCAUUCAAACACACUAAAUAACACGAGCACAGAGCCCAACAGUACCACUGAUAAUGUGACAACUACAGAGAAUGAAUCAACAAAUGGUGUCAAUACUGUGGGUGCAUCAGCAGAAGGGAACACCACAGCAAACAAGACCCCUGUCACUCUCAAUAUCACCAGUAACGAGGACUCAACCUCACCUACCACCAACACCAAUACAAUUCUUACUAUAACUGGAAUCAGCAAUAACACCAUAAUGCCAAAUUUGAAGGGUGAUGCAGACAGCAGCAGCAGUAUCAGCAGUUCUGUGUGGGUGCGUGUGUCACUACUGAUUGUGGUUACACUGGCCUGUAUUCUUGUGUGCUGA